UAUUUCCUCAAAUCCCUACCGUUAUAGUGAGGACUGAGGAGUAUGCUUCAUAUAGUAGCAGGUGGGUUAGAAGGCUUAAAGCUCCCCUAAAGACCCUGGUAUAUGGAAUGCGCCUGCCAAGGCUGCGAUUAAAUUACUACUCGAGCUCACAGUCGGUGGCUAUGAACCCCAACAGUAAAGCUCGUUUCUCACCAUCUUCAACAUCAACUGUCACCUACACCUUCCGAAAUGACAACUCUACCCUCCCUAAAUCCACUGAAAUUCCGAUCAAGCCACCCGCCUCGCCGCCCAUCCCCAUCACCGUCCAUUUCCAUGAUCACUCAGCUGCUGCUUCUAAGAUACAGGCAGCCUACCGUUCCUACGUGGUCCGAGCCCUGCUGAAGAAGAUCAAAGCCGUUGAAGCUGAGGUUGAUAGGCUGGAGAGGGUGAUCCAACGGCAGGAAACUGUGGAUGCAGUUAGGAGCAGUGAAAAGGAGAAGCUGAGGAUUAAUGAGGCUUUGAUGGUUCAGCUGUUGAAGUUAGAUUCUGUUCCUGGGAUUAACCAAAGUGUAAGGGAGCUGAGGAAGCGUGUCAGCCGUCGGAUCGUGGGGUUGCAAGAGGUGAUGGAUGGGAUUUGUGGUGAUCACAGAGCAAUGGACGGUUGGGAUUUGUGGAGGGAUUGGGAUGAGGGGUUUGGUGGAAUUGAGGAGAGGGUUAUUAGAGAAAGAGGUGGAGAGGAGUUGGAAAGGUUUUGUGCUCAUAACUUGGGGUUCCGAUGUUUAGAGAGGUUUUUGCGCGACUAUUAAAAAAUUACAACAAUAAUAACCUGUUAUGUAUUCCGUGGUUCCCUUAUCCUAUCUACUCGUAGUAUCUACUCACUCUCUAAUUCUUAAUGAAUCUUGUCAGCCUGCAAAAUUGAAGACGACAACAAUUCAAUAUGCAUCUCCUUGAUUAGGAGAAAUAUUUUGGUCAUAUUGCUCGUUCCAUGAAAUCGCGAUAACAACAGUUAAUGUGGAUCCUUGCUAAGAGUCUAGAGCAGCAUUUGACAGCAAUAUACUGUACUAAUUAGUAUAAUCUUGCUUAUAGUUCUUGAGAAGCUAAGAUGAAUGGCUAGUAUACUGAAUGGUAUAGCUAAGGAUGCUUUGUAUGAAUGUUUUAAUUCUGAAUUUUGAUCGACCAAACUUUGUAAUGAACUUUUAUUCUACAUUUGUAACAAAAAAAGUUGCUGUACAAGAUAGGUACUUGUAAAAAGUAGAAAUUGUAUUAUUUUGAAGUUCAAGUCAAAUAUUGUUUACAGAUGCCAGAAAAUGAGGCAAGUUAUCUC